AAGCACAGAGCUUCGUCUUCGGUUUUAUUUGGCUGAAGGAGAGGAUCACAUUGGCUUGGGUAUUCCAUCCAACCUCUUCCAUAUUGUCUGCGGAACGAGGAGUACGGUUCCUGUAUCUCGCAGACUAAUAACAACCUUGUUGCAACCACAACCAGGCGCACUGCUCCAACUCACGGCUACCAGAUAGUGCUGUCAACAUGGCCGAGGAGGAAUUUGAGAUCGACAUCUACGGGGACGCACCCCAAGAUCACCAGGACGGCAACGCCGAGAAUUACGAUGGACAGCAGGCCAACGGACACGCCGACGACCACAAUGAACAGCACGAGCAACAUGAACAACACGAUGACCAGCAGAACCAGCAGGAAGAGUACAACGACCAUCAGGAUGCGCCUGCUCCGCAACAAGGUGUGAAGAGGAAGGGUGAUGACAGACCUGUCGAUCCUGGUGCGACAACAGCUUUAAUGAUCUCGGACCUUAACUGGUGGAACACCGAUGAUGACAUAAGGGGUUAUGCCAGAGCGGCUCAUUGCGAAGACGAGCUGAAGGAUAUAACAUUUAGUGAACACAAGGUCAACGGAAAGAGCAAGGGCCAAGCAUAUGUCGAGUUUACAACGCAGCAAGCAGCGACGGCCGCGAAGCACGCCCUCGAGGCGACAGACGGCGGACAAGGCGUUCCUAAGAAGCACCAGGUCACCUACUCCAACCCCCACGUCAACCCGUUCCGUACGUUGCCUAAGGAUGCGCCGAACCGAGCAGGCAAGGAUCAGGGCGGCAGCAGCAGGCCUGCAGGUAACUACAACAACCAAGGCUCCUCUAUGGGCGGCGACUUCCGUGGUAACAGCUAUCGUGGCCGUGGUGGUUUCAACGGCCCUCGUGGAGGCAUGAACCAGGGUGGGUUCAACCGCAACUUCGUGGGCGGCAUGGGAGGCGGCUUCAACAACAACAACAUGGGCGGUGGCUUCAACAACGGCAUGGGCGGUGGCAACUUCGGCGGCGGUUUCCAGCGAGGUGGUGGUUUUGGUGGAGGUAUGCGUGGCGGCCCCGGCAUGCGUGGUGGACGAGGCGGAAUGCAUAACCCUAUGGGCGGCAUGGGUAUGGGCCCGAUGGGCGGUAUGCCGAUGGGAGGCAUGCCCAACAUGGGUAUGAUGGGUGGCGGAAUGCCCGGUACGACUUCCCCUUCUCUUGGACCCUCUCAGAAAUGUCACAACCCCUCAACAUCUCAAGUCGCCAAUGGCCCAUGCCAGAAGCGGAAGUACUAUGGUCGGCGCGUGGACAAGGUUGUCAAGCCUGACCAAGCACUAUCCCCUUCGUAGCACAAACUCAGUCUGUACCGGGGAUGGGCCGAUGGACCAAGGAGCGUGGUUUGGAGUUCACCACAGGAGCCACUUCACUUUUGCUCCCCGCUACUCCAGCCACGUGCUCUAGGACAUGUCAUCGUCCAGUUCUACGCUUUGACACCUCCCCCCUUCCCCUGACCGAUUUCUGUUCUGUUUGCAACUCUUCCGUUUUGCCUCCGGAGGCCACGCAUGCUGACUGUUAUUUAGGAUUCCAAGGCAUGCCACAACAGUUCAACCCAGGGUUCUUCGGUGGUAAUCAAGGUGGAGGAAACGACUGGGGCAACCCUCACGGAGCAAAGCGACCUCGACCCGAGUAGAACUCCAGGCCUAGGGGUUUCGCGCGAACCCCGACAGAGGGAGGACUCGGGAAACAGAAUCUCUAGCCGAGGACUAUAGAG